AUGUCGCAACCAACUCUCACCGCAGACUACACAUCCCCAGCGACCUCCACGGCCGACAAGUCGUCAUAUCUACAGGCUCUGCGCGCCUCUGUCGCCGACACCCAGGAAACUAUCAAUAAAGAGCUCACAGCGCGAAUGGAGCAGGACAAGGCGAGGGAUGCUGCGGCCGAGGCCAAAGAGGAAGAGAACUAUGGCGAGGAGGUGCAAGAAGAGGAGGACUGA